CUUUGAAGUGAGACUGUGACGCCAGUACGCUUAUGUCACAUGGCAAAAACUCCGCGGGUUAGAAGUAAAAAUAAACGUAUUAUGAAGUUGUAGUUAGUUCUAAGUGGUGUACUUUGUUUUCUAAUUCAUGUUUGACGAAAAGCAUGCCAAAUUAAAACUUAAACGCAAAAAAACUACUCCCCUACCUCCUGUUACUAGUCGUGAUAAUACAAAUAAAUGGGAAAAACAAAUUCGACUAGAAAAUGAAGUUUCCACAAAGCAGGAACCUGCGGAAAAAAUUUCAGAAAGCACUUCUUCGUGGUUAAACCAAACAGACCUAAGUAAGACUGAAAAGCCAUGGAACUUAGUAUUGAAAGCCACCUGCCUGGAUGUAAACUUGGAACGUUUGGAAAAUGUACCAGAUUUCCCAGCGUUUAAUCAACAGAAUGCAACAAUGGAGAAAUGCAAAACCGAGGAAAAGGUUUUUACCAUUGGAACAAAAGUGAUUGCCUGGAUUCCAUUUCCACCUUUUUGCAAACCUGAGGUUUCUGUAAUACCAGAAGAGAGUUCUCCUACAGAAGGUUGCAAUCCAACUAGUCAAAUAAAAAAUGUGACAAGAAAUGAGAAUUGUAAGAGUCGCACAAAGAACAACCUGCCACCCUUUUCCAAAAAGUCCCUUAGGGCAAAAGACAGAAUUCAGGUGAGUGGAACUGGUCCAGCAGAAACAGAAACCCCCUUUUCAGGAAGCAUUGACAAAAAAUUUAAUUUUGAAAUUUCAGCAAUGGAAAACCAAGAUCACAAGAACUUAAGACAAAUAGUUGGAAUACAUACACACAUAAUUUCAGGUGAUAUUACUGGAAUUACUACUUUGCCUAAUGAUAAAUCUGAAAAGUCUCCAGGCAUUCAUUAUUUUUCUGACCAAAAGUCAAAAGGCAAUAAGGUGAGUCUUGGAACCAGAAGCACAGUAAGAACAUCUUGUAUAGAAAAAGAUGCCAGUGUUGUCCUGGAGCAAGAUAGCCCUGACCAAGUAGAGGGAAAACAAAGUUGUAGCAAUGCUAAGCCUGAAAGAGAACAUUCCAGCAAAGAAGCCAGUACAAAGACUUUGGCCCUGCUAAAUUGUCCUAUGUGUCUCCAGCGGUUUCCUGAAGGGUUUACACAGCUAGAUGUUGACAGCCAUCUUGCAAAAUGUUUGUCUGAAAGCACAGAUGAUGUAAUGUGGUGAAUUAAGAACAGCAUGCGUGCAUGCUAUACAUGAAAUGACUGCAGGAGCACUUGAUCUAAAAUGUGUAAUUUAACUGAUUUACUCAAAAUACUGUUAAAUAAAAACAUGAACGUAG